UAUUCAUUGGGAAUUUACAGGAAAGUUUUCCUGUUAAAGGAAGCAAUUAAUUCCUUGUCACUGACUCGUCAAAUAUAAGUUCUAGUUUUUCUUAUAAAGCGUUAGCUAAUCGGAACGCAAACAUUGAUUUUUAAUUAUUAUCUUUGAAGCAAAUAUUUGUAGAAAUGGCAACUCUUUUAAAUGAAAUAAGAGGCUUUUCUUCCAGCGGGACAACGGCAAAUAUUGAUAACCAUGUUUUUAGAGCGUACUAUAUCUUUACGACGGGAUUGUUAUUGGUUGCAACUUCGAUUUUGAUUACAUCUCAAUUUUUCGGAGAUCCAAUUGACUGUAUAGCUUCAAACGAUUACAGCAGAUCGGAUUCCGCUAAAAAAAGCAUUGACAAUUUUUGUUGGGUCUCGGCAACAUACACUGUCAACGAGCUUUAUGCAACAAAUCAAAGAAUCGGUUUAGAUAAGCUGGAGGAUGGGAUAGGACAAUUUAUUCCUAAUUUCAACACACAACGAUUUCAAUUAUAUUACCGAUGGACAAGUCUACUUUUAAUUAUUCAAGCUGUUCUGGCUUAUAUUCCACACUAUUUUUGGAAAAGCUGGGAAUCUGGGAAAAUGGAGGGAUUGUCCACGAUGCUAAAUAUUCCUGUGGAACCAACAUUAGAUACAGAUCGUAGGAGGACUCGCGUACAAUUGCUUUUGGAUUAUUUUGAGGCUUUCGAAACAAAUGCUCAUGAAUACUACACGUACCGAUUAUAUUUGUGCGAAUAUGCUAAUUUCGUUUUUUUAUUGGUUAACGUGUGGCUGACAAACUGGGUGACUGACGGGCUAUUUUGGAGCCUUGGGCCAGACAUUUUCAAGAAUGGGUACCACUCCAUUGUCCUGAUAAAGUUAUUUCCAAGUCAGGGAAAGUGCACAUGGAGAGUUACUGGACCCAGUGGAAACGUGCAGCCUUUCGAUGCGUUAUGUGUCUUGCCACUCAACUCUUUUAAUAAGGUCAUAUUUUCUACACUAUGGUUUUGGUAUUUAAUUCUGGCCGUUAUUACUCUGGGUUGGCUUAUCUUUCGAGCAUCUACUAUAUUUCACCGAGUUAGAUCAUCUCUUCUCAAGUGGAAGGCUUGUCCCGUCAAUUAUUCGAAUCAUCAACAUCCAGAAGGCACGGACUGUGUUGACAACAUUUGCAAAUUUUUACCGCAUGCAGAUUGGUUUGUUCUACUUCAAUUGGUCGAUAACGUCGACACUGUCGCAAUAAAAUCAAUUCUUGGAGGAUACUGUGAAAGAAUUCGCCACUUACAAAGACGCAGAAGAUCAACACAUAUGAUUUCUGCAGAUGAAAAGCCUUUAUUAAUUCUUGAACAUGAAACUCGUUAAGCAGUGUAAAGACAUCGAUGGCUCUGAAUGUUUAUAAUGCAAUUCGGAAACUUAAAAUUAAAUACACUUUUUCAAUUUUUUGUAUCACAAUGAA